CCUCUGUUCUCUCCUUUCCUUUUUCAAACAAAAAGCCUAAAAAUACCAAAAUUUCAACUCAAAAUACAUCAAUGGAUUGGGUUCGAGGUGAAUCAGUAGGGCAUGGUAGCUUUGGCAAAGUCAAUUUUGCAAUACCCAAAUUCCACAACACUCAUAUUCUUCCGUUAAUGGUGGUCAAGUCAUCUGCAGCUUCCUCCUCUGCUACCCUCAUUAACGAGAAGAUGAUCUUGGAUGAGCUUAACUCUUGCCCUUACAUUAUUCGCUGUAUUGGCGACAGCUAUACAUACGAAAAAGGAGAAAAAUUGUACAAUGUCUUGUUGGAGUAUGCUUCAGGAGGUGCCUUGUCGGAAAAGCUCAAGAAUUCCGGUGAUGGUAAGUUGCCGGAGAAUGAAAUUAGAAAAUACACCAAGGCCUUAUUGAAAGGGCUACACUAUAUUCACAAGAGUAGAUAUGUUCACUGCGAUAUUAAACCGCAGAACAUUCUUAUAGGCGAAGAUGGUCAAGUCAAAAUUGCUGAUUUUGGGUUGGCAAAGAGUGCCGAAUCAGUAAAAGAUGAUAAAUUGCGAAGUGAAUUGAGGGGUACCCCACUUUACAUGUCGCCGGAAAUGGUUACAGGUGGCGAACAGGGCACUCCCGCCGAUAUAUGGGCACUUGGGUGCGUGAUUUCUGAGAUGGCAACCGGAGUUCCAGUGUGGGGUUACUCAGAUUUAACCCAACUAUUGAUGAGAAUCGGAGUUGGUGAUGAGUUGCCUGAAUUUCCGACGAAGUUAUCGGAAGAAGGAAAAGAUUUUCUUGAAAAAUGCUUGGUAAAAGAGCCAAAAAAGAGAUGGACGGCUAAGAUGCUACUAAAACACCCCUUUGUUGCUGAUGAAGACGACACUGUUACAUUGAAUGACGAAAGAUGCAACAGUGGCAGCCCUUCAACAUCUCCAAGGUGCCCAUUCGAUUUCCCAGAUUGGAUAUCAGACGACUCCGCUGAAUCAUCAGUAACAUAUCAAAUUACAUCUCUGCCCUCGCCGGCGAUUCAAGAAUUACUCAAUUUUAGCGGCGUGUCAUUAUCCACAUCACCGGCUGAAAGAUUAAGGGGAUUAAUGAAUGAACUCACACAAUCUGAAUGGUCCGAUGCUGAUGAUAACUGGGUCAGCAUUCGGUGAUGUCUAUCUCUAUUAAAUAUUCAAACUUUAUUUUUAAAAAUUGAUUAAUAGAAAAUCCAGAGUAGUAUUUAGAUUUUCAGAGUACUGAAAGAUUUUUUUGUUAUCAGCUCUGAUUUUUAAUUUUUUUUUUAGCUUCUUUAUCUGUAAUUAGAAAUUAAGCUCAUUGUACAUAUAUAGGUUGUAAUACGAUAUCACUUUCAAUAUUAAGACAAGUGAUUGGUACUAAACAAAGUGUACAUUUUAAAAAAAAAUCUUGAAUAGCAAUAUUUAGUGAAUGAAGUCAU